AUGGAUGACUCGACUUCGGCGCCCGCGCAAAAGCGCCCUCGUGUCGCCGAGGAAAACCGCAAACGUGCAGUGCGAGCGUGCGAUGGAUGCCGCCGAGUGAAAGAGAAGUGCGAAGGUGGCGUACCAUGUCGCCGAUGCGUACGAUACAGCCGCCAAUGCAAUUUCACACAUAUCGACCCCAAUGAGAAGAGUCGGUCAACUUCCGCCUCGCUAUUGGAUCGGGCGGCCACAUUGAGUCGCAAUGAGAUUGCCGAGGCAGAAAGGGUGCAUAUUAUGGAGCGCUUGCUCUCGCAUUAUAUGCCCAACAUCAGAUUCGAUAUUCAGUCCUUGCGCCAGGCCGCCGAAGACUUGAAAAGCAAACAUCGUGAUGGUGGAUCGGACGUGAUUUCUACGAGGGCAGACCCCAAUGACAUGGAGGAUCUUGCUAUUGAUGAAGAGGACUUUACCAUUAAGGCUAUGCCCGAUAAUACUACCCAAUAUUCUGGAGAAUUCUCAUAUCUGAACUUCACAAUGAAGAUUCGGAAGAAGAUUGAUGAGUGGAUGAAGACAGCGGCUCCAGAUGCGACCUCCGAGGUCGAGCCAUUUGAGGAACGAUGGCGAAGCACACAGCUUCAAUCUGGGUCGCCUUUGAUAUCAUCCUCGAUUACUUGUCUUCCACCGCGAUAUGUGGCCGACUUUCUCGUUCAGAUCUUCUUCAAAUAUGCACAAACCAACAACUUCUACGUCGAAGAAGAUUGGUUACUUGAGAAGUUGGCUAUCUGUUACAACGACCCUGACAGCUUGUCAUCUGACGAUGCGGGCGCAGUAUGCUCCAUUCUAAUGGUACUAGCAGUCGGCACACAAUUCGCCCAUAUGGAAUCAUCCACUCCCGUGAAUUGUCUGCCUUCGGGCUCUACCGCAAACCAGGACCAUCAUUUCUCUGAGGAUGAGGUUGGCCUGACCUUCUAUCAAUUUGCCUCAAAGCUCCUCCCAGAUCUCAUUGCCACUGCAUCUGUCCGCAGUGUACAGGCUUGUCUUCUUAUUGGAACAUACCUCCUUCCAUUGGACACAUCCGGGCUAUGCUACACGUAUUUCGGCUUGGCACUGAAGCUAGCGGUUCAGAAUGGAAUGCACAGAAGAUAUUCUGGCGAGGGUCUAUCAUCCCGGAUGAUUGAAGUCCGUAACCGGGUCUUCUGGACAGCUUAUACCAUUGAAAAGCGUAUAAGUAUUCUUCAUGGCAGACCAUCGUCCUUGUCAGACCCCGACGUUGAUGGUCCACUUCCGGUUGAUUUCCCUGGUCUCAUGCCUGCCCACCAAGUCUCAAACCAUACAAAUAUGGUAGCACUGAUCACGUUGACCUUGAAACUUGGGCAGGUCUCCAAUGAGAUUACUUCCCUGCGAAAAUACCGCAGAGGCCAACAGCAGGAUUGCCUUGAACGACUGCUCAAUCUCCGGAAACAUCUCGUGGAUUGGUGGUCCACUCUCCCGGAGGAAAUCAGCUGCCGCGACUUGAAUCCAACAGGGCCUCUGUUCAGGUCAAACGUACAUCUCAAGCUUGACUACUGUCUUACUCGUGUCUUCAUCGGACGGCCAUUCCUGUUCAGUAAUAUCAAAGGCAUUUACCAAACACCGUCUCAAGCGCCACCAUUCAAGGGAGCUUCCGGCUUGUCGAAGAACCGAGCUACUCUUGUAACAGAUUGUGUGGAAGCCGCGCUGGAAAUUAUCGACCUGUGCCGCUUGCUCCGCGACGAGAAGGGUCUUGCACGGGCCUCAUUUACAGAGUUCAGUUCGUGUCGUGCGGCAUUGCUGGUCAUUCUGGCACAAGGUCUAACCAAACGCACGGAAAGACUCGGUGCGGCUCUCGAACAGGGCAUAUCCCUCAUCAAGAUUAUGUCUAUGGGGGUUGGCUCCGCACGUUCAGCAGUCAGCGUAAUCGAAGCACUCGAACGAGCCAUCCGCCGACUAGAAGCAUGGAGCGAGACCCACCCAGACAUCAACAACGGAGGAGGCGCAGAAUCAGCCUACGACCGCUUCAAAAACUGGGAAAUGCUCUGGAAAGCUGGACCCAUCUCACCCUCCACCUUCGCCUGGCAACAACAAGAAGCAUAUGGUUCAACCGAUCAGAACAUACCCCAUGGCCUACCCUCUCACGCCGCACCGACCAUCCCAGCACCCAUCCACAAUCCAAAUGCAAAUGCAUCAAUGACACCCCCGUCAGCAGUGAUGGUCAACCACGGCGCCGCAACAACUCCCGGCCAUCCAGACCAGGACAUAGAACAUGAUGUACCUGGCAGUGUUCUCUCUGACAGUUUUUCGAUCUCGCAGCAGUCACUUUCGCAUAUGCCGCACUUUGGCUUUGAUCAUUUUGUUUCCAAUUUCCCGCAGGAGCUUGGCGAGUUUACUGCCAUUCCUUGUUUUGAACCUGAUGCUCAGAAUGCUAAUGGGCUGCCGGUCGCUGAUAUGAAGACUCCAAGCGGUGAACCUGACCCACAGUGGUUGCAGUUCAUGAAAGGUUGA